GUGUCAACCUGAUUUACUUUAAAAAAAUCUUGAACUUUUUAAAAGUCUAGACAUUUCCAUACAAAUAUUGAAACUAGUAAACGCAAUCAUGCUAGCCGCAAGAUCCAAUUUAUUCACUCCUGCGUUUGCUGUUAUGCCAUUAAUGAAGGAUUUCAGCAUCCCGCCACCUCCUUCGUCUAUAAAGAAAAUAAAUGGAAGCCAGAACUCUGCUGAGGAUGGAAAGGAGCUUGUUGGGAGCAAUCCUGAAAGCCGAAAUUGGAAAGGAAUCGCCAUUGCUUUGCUCGUGAUUCUGGUUGUUUGCGGACUCGUCGUUCUAUCAGUUGUCCUAUUGACCCCGGAAAGUAAAUUUCCUGUCAUUCCAAACGUUAAUUUGACUGAUAUAAUGGAAGAAAAAUGGAAAAUUGAUGAAGGAAUUUGGCGAGGUUCAAACCUUGUAUAUAAAGAUCAAGAAGGAAAUGUCGUCAUGAUGACGUCACCUGAUGACGUACCUAGAAUGUUGAUUACAGGAAAGACAUUGAAACACAACGGCAUUGUUGACUACAAGAUCUCAAACAACGGAAGAUAUGCCUUGCUGAUCUACAACAAAGUCCCGAUAUAUACUUACUCUUACAACGCAUCUUACUAUAUCUAUGAUAUUGAAACAAGAACCAAAGAACAGUUACUUCAUGAUGAAACAGUGAGCGUGUUUCAGUACGCUGACUUCACACCAAAUGGGAAGACAAUAUUGUAUUCAUUGAACGGAGAUUUGUACCUAAAGCAAGAUAGUGGGAGAAAAAAACUGACAAGCGGAGGGAUUCUGGGAGUGUAUCAGAAUGGGAUGACUGACUGGGUUUAUGGAGAAGUUCUUCAAUCCUCUACCGCACUCUGGUGGUCGCCAAGUGGCCAAUACCUUGCUUAUGCAACGUUUGAUGACAGACAUGUACACGAUAGUUACGUAACAGAGUAUGAUAGUGAUAACACAAUAUACAAGAAGACUAUAAAGUACAAAUAUCCGAAAGCCGGAUAUCCGAAUCCCGUUGUCAGCAUUCAUUCAAUCGACAUGAAGACUUUGGACCAAGUAACAUUUAUAAAGCCGACAUUGCAUGGCGAACGACUCGAUACUUUUAAUUCUCUCACAUGGUUAAAUGACGACGAACUUUUGAUCACGUGGUCUAAUAGAACAAUGACAGCAAGUGUGACGCAACAAUGUUUUUCAAAUAUUUCGACAUGCAUGGAUAACGUUCUCAGACGAACUGUCCCCAACAAAAACGAAGAGCCAAAUACUAAAGCAGGAUGGCUAAAUAACCUUAACCAACCAUCCCUACCAUCGGACAAUUCUGCAGUGUUCUUUCAUAUUUUACCGAACGAUCAUGGAGGAAAAGGGGAGUUCAGCCAUCUUGCAAUGGUCAAUAAAACUCAGAAACCAUCAAAAGUGCGAUUUCUCACAGACGGAAAUUGGGAGGUUACAAAGCUGCUACAUUACGACGCCCCGAAACGAUUAGUAUAUUACAUAAGCAACGAACAGCAUUCCGGAUCAAGGCACGUUUAUCGAGUGAAUAUAAGCGGAGUUCGAAAAUGUUUAACUUGUUCUGUGAAUAUCAGUUCGCUCUCUUCCGCUAACGACAAUGAAGAUUUAACUUGUGGCGGGAAAAAGAGGUGUCUCUAUUAUGACGCAAGUUUCGGAAACAGUUCUGAUUGGUUCAUGAUACGGUGCCUGGGUCCGUGUUUACCGUUCAGUGGUAUCAUCCGUACAAAUGCGCAAAAUUUCUCAAAUACGAUGAUUAGUGUCACACAACCUUCUAUUCAAUCAUUGGCGCAUAUGAUUGUUCCACUCGCAAGAUAUGAAACGAUUUACAGCAACGGAAUCGCAAUAAAGACAAAACUACUAAUUCCAGCGAGCCUUCAUGCGGGUAAAAGACCUCUUGUGUUCUUCAAAAAUGAUGUCGGUUCUCAAACAGUUGAUUUCAAGUUUCAAGUCGGCCUGGCUUCAUAUAUUGUGAGGAGUAUGGGAGCAGUGGUUGCAUUCGUUGAUGGAAGGGGGUCGGGUUACAAUGGAGAUCGACUUCAGCAGUCAAUUGCAGAGAAACCUGGCAACCUUGAGAUUGAAGAUAUGAAAGCAGUGAUUGAAUACUUGAAACCUGAAGAGAACAUAGACACUGAGAAUGUUGGAAUCGUUGGCACUUCAGGUUAUGGAGGAUACACUGCAAUACUUGCUCUCACUCAUCCAGAGUUCAUUUGCGCAGUUGCGAGAUCACCGGUCGUGGAUUGGAAGUUAUAUACUUCAUUCGGAUCGGAACGUAUUCUUGGAUCCCCAGGGAAGAAUUCCUUACUUUAUCAGAAGAAUAACAUGAUUCAUCAAAUUGAAGAAAUUGCUGACUCACGAUUAAGGGUUUACCAAGGAUUGCAAGACAAAAAUGUCAACAUGCAGCAGUCAGUACUCCUUGAAAAGGCGGCAAUGCUGAGUGAUCUACCACUAGAGGCGGUAGAAGUUCAAUACUACCCUUCCUCCCCAACUUUUUUAAACGAAGCAAGAAAAAUCGAAUUGAACGUUUAUAAGUCAAUUAGUCUAUUCCUAAGGAAUUGUUUGUUUGGGAACUCAGAAGCAGGGAAACGACAACUCGAUCUACUUGAAGCAAGCUACGGAAAAACAACGCAAAAUUAAAACAUUUGGAUUGAAUUUCUCGACCUUGCAACAGAAAAACGACGUAAACAUUGAAUCAAAGCUGCGAGGCUUGCGUUAUUACUUACAGUACUAAUGCUAGACAUGCUAGCGUUAUCCGGAUUCGAACCGUAUUCGGGAGAUGGCGCUGCGUAGUAUGUGAACCAAGAUGGCGGACACCUGAAUAUAAUAUGUGUACCAGUUUAGGGUUAAGCCAUAAUUUUAUUCCAAUUUUCCUUAUUGCAGUUCUAUUACAAUUCGUGGACAAGUGACUCCCGUAGUAUUUGUACCUGAAAUUAUGGCUUAACCCUAACCUGGUACACAUACUGCGUUCCGGUGUCCGCCAUCUUGGUUCACAUACUACAGGAGUACCCGGGAGACUCUUAUUUUCGGUCGUUCCGUUUGUCUGUCUGUCUGUGUGUCGAAGCUGCAACGUCACUCGAGAGUUAUCUUGUCACUCUUGGAAUGUGCGCUUCAUCAAAAGUCUAAAUAAAAGUUUCGUUUCCAUGGCAACAGCGAAAUACGUGCCGAUCUUAUUACUUUUGCAAUACUAAUGCUGGACUUGUUAGCGUUAUUCAAGUCCGUAUGUGUACAAUGCAAGGAUGCUGUAGCGUUAGUAAGUAUUCUAAUUCUAAGUAGGCUUACCAUACUCCCGGUUUAGCCGGGACAGUCAUAAUUUUGAUAAGCUGUCCCGGCGCCCCGUCCGGUAUACUUAAAUGUUCCGGUCAUGCGGUAUGGCAGUCAUAUUUUUUUUUUUUUUUAAUAUCGAUACAAAAUUUUUUUUUGUAUUCUUCGAUUUUAGGAUUAGGCUGUUGAUGGGCGGUAGAUGCUCCCAAUCACUUCUUUCCUUCUGUUUUUUAUUGACCUUUGCUUUGAUACGCUAAUUUAACAUCUAACCUUAGCCGUCCUCCAUUAAAUUAUUCAAAAUACCUAAAAGAAAAUGCACGUUUUCUGAUUAUUUGAAUAUUUCUAAUAUUCAUACGAGUUGAAUAUUACUAAUCCUCGGAAUCAAACCAAGAUCUGUCCAAUCCGUACUGUCCUAUUUUUGUGUUUCAUAUAUAUGCUAAGACUAAUUUUAAUUGAUUAAAUAGCUUUGCCACACACCAACACAUAUAUACAGGGUGUCCAUAAAGUCCCUUUACAAUUUCAAAUUUUGUUAUGAAGUCUGUUCUAAAUAUAUCUCAACCAGGUUUUUAGUUUUCAAUCAGUGAAUGUUUAAGUAUUUUUACUUCCUUUAAUACAUCUGCGAGAGCCAAAACAAUAUAGGGUAUCGAUGAAUUCCCUUUGCAAUUUAAAAAAAAUCUCAAGACUUUAUGAACACUCCAUAUUUAUACAUAUAUAUACAUUUCCGCACUGUCUCGUCUUAUUACCAUGUUUGCACUGUCAUAUGUUUCAAAGUUUAUUCUAUUUCUCGUUUUCUUCUUUUUAUUCGAUUUAAGCGCUAAUUGAGUAUAUUUUUUGUCAUUGUAUAAUAAAUUUUAUUCAAUAUA